AUGGAGCCGCCGUCCAAUAAGCCUACCCUGCAAGGGCCAUCGGGCAAACGUCGCCGCGUAGCCUUGGCUUGUGAAUGUGAUGGCGUCCGGCCCCAGUGUGGCAUGUGCAGAGACUUGGAAUUUGAAUGUAUCUACAUGCCACCAGUCACUGCCACUAACGUGAUCGUCCAGAAACACUACCUCCAAGAUAUGGAGUCACGGGUGAAGUCGCUUGAGGUCAGCCUCACCAACAUUCGAUCGGACCUGUCUGGCCUGGCGGAGCACCUCACAAACAGAAGCCCCGUGGGCGAAGGUCCGGAGCCUAGACAUGAGCCUCUUGCUGACCUGGCUGGAACCGAGGACCCAAUUGACGCUAUGGGCGCGGUGACCUUCGCAGAUGAGGAGGACUGCGGAUAUUUUGGCCCGUCAUCAAACAUCGCGUUCUUGCGGCACCUAUCCCGCGCGGUGUCAUACACAGGAAGCAACCAAAAAGAAACUCACUCACCUCGGAUAAACCAAAUUGCCUACGAUGGCGGCUUUGUCAGCGCCACCCGGCACCCAUCGCCGUUAUCAAGCCGCACGCCUACGACUGUGCAUCCCGGGCUCGCGACGAAUCUAGCCUUGCCGUCCGAUACAUUACAGCUGAUUCGCCGGUAUUUCUACCAUACGGGAUUGCUGUUCCCAUACAUACACCCCCCGGGCUUCCUCGAGGUGUAUCACCAAUUCAAGAACAAUGUCAGGAAAGUCCGCCGAACCUGGUUAGGCUUGCUGAACAUCAUGCUGGCCAUGGCAAAGGUGACCGCCGUGUCCGGCCACGCGCCUGCAGAAACAAGGAUCGAAGAGUCCACCGUCUACUAUCGACAGGCGUUGAACCUGUGCCGAGGCGAGAUUCUACGAGGGACCACAUUGGAAGUUGUGCAGUUCCUCCUGCUCAUGGGCCAAUAUCUCCAGGGGACGCAAAAAUCCGUCCAGGCGUGGACCGUUCACGGGCUCGCGGUCAAGGCCGCCCUGCAGCUCGGGCUCCAUUCGAAGGACGCGUCCCAGGCCUUCUCCCCUCUUGAGCGCGAGAUACGAAAGAGAACAUGGUUUGGCUGUGUGGUAUUGGAUCGAACUUUGAGCAUGACCUUCGGACGACCGCCGGCGAUUCCCGACAGUUAUGUUCAGCUAGACCUCCCGAUCUUAGAUAGUACCACCGAGGUCCAACCUUUCGUCGACAAUGAGACCAUACAUCACAGCAUCCAGUUCUAUAAUUGCACCAUAACCCUGUACAAGCAGAUGGGUAAUAUCAUUGACCAGAUCUAUGGUCAAAAUUUGGCCUGUGGGCCUGGCCUGUCUGUUAGUGAGACGGUGGGCCGGGUGCUGGCGAUCGAGAACCAGCUGUUCUCGUGGAACAUGGCGCUUCCGGACAGCUUUCGUCAAUUAUCGCUGCAGGGCCUUCGCAAGGGAAUUGAGCAGUCGCAGGCCCUCGGCCGGCUGUUUCCCCUGAAGUUUCGGGUUAUCCUGACCCUGCGAUAUCUCCACAUCCAGAUCCUGUUGCAUCGGCCUAUCCUGGCGAAGUUUCUCGACGCCAGCCACGCGUCUUGUCUGGAGCUCAGCGAAGAGCGGAUUCUGAAUGACAUCGGCUACAGUAGCAUGAAAAAGUGCGUCGAAUCAGCUAUGGGUAUUAUUGACAUGGUCCACGAACUUGUUUCUGGGACUGGGUGGCAGCAAGAUCUCCUUGGGGCGUGGUGGUACUCCCUGUACUACAGUAAGUUUGCCCUCCUCCACUUCCGUUGUAGUUUACAGGUGUCUGAUCCUCUGUUGUUUGACGGGACAGCCUUCAACGCUGCGCUGGUAAUUAUCGGUGUGACUUGGGUGCAGCGCACGAGGCAGUCGGCCCGAGAUUCCCCAGUGCUCCAGACGCUGGACAUCCUGAUAUAUCCUGAUCGCGCCGUCGCAACCUUGCAUCAAUUAGAUACGGGCAAUCGGAUGGUGGACCGCUGCAGGUACUACCUCGAACAGUUGAUAUCUGUCCUACGUUUACAACCAGAGGAUCCGACUGGUACAGACCCCACCCAGCUUGAACCGGCAGCCGUGGGCAGUGCGAACCCAGAUUUCAACUUUGCGUCGUUUGGCAUUGAAUGUGGGGAAUUCAUGUUGGAGGAAUUGUUUACCAACAUCACACACGGAUCGACUUAUUGA